AUGCGUUGGACAAAAUCCAUGAACGAAAACGCAUUGCGGGCGUACUAUAGGGCGAAAGGGGAAGAAACUGUGGGAAUAGCGUAUAGGUCUCGGAUGCAUUGCUUUUUUGCUGAGCUGGAGCCGUCUAUCCCCGUCACGGUACAAAACCUGGCAGACCGAGUUCGGUACAUCAUGCGCUCGAAAAUAUUUGAUGAUAACAAACUCGAACGACUACGACGUGAGGCUAUUCCAUCGUCGAAUGAAUCGGCUAUGGCUGGAGAUGCAGCUCCACAUUCGACAUACCAGCAUCCACACGUGGAAGCCGCCAUGGAUCUUCCAGUUGUGGUUGAUUCGAACGACGAUGAAAUAGUCUCCCACGAACUAGAGCAAAUGAGGAGUAUAUUAGAAGAGGCGAUUUUGGAAGCGCGCAGCACCCCUCUCGAAAAUCGACUGCGGCUUCCCCGCAUACCCCUAAGCAAGCGAAAUCGGGCUGUCGUGAGGGCUCUUAACCCAAUGCUAGUGAUCUAUUUGGAAGCCAGCCGGGACCUUUGCGAGACGGACUCGAUUCUCUUUGGCGCCGCAGUGGUAGUUUGCCGUAUUAUUGGCGCCAAACUUCCCAAGGCUGGACGCGCGGACGCGCUACUACACAAAGUAGCGCCAUCCCAGCCUGGAGAAAAAGAAUCGAGGACCGUAUCGCAAAGGCAAGGGCCCUUAUCGGCAAACUAA